AUGGGCAUCAAAGACGCCUCUCUCUUAUUAUUCUUCGUCGCAAUCUCUUGGGUUUCUACCAGUUUCGCCGAUUCAAUCCACGGUUGUGGGGGCUUCGUCGAGGCUAGCUCUUCUUUGAUCAAGGCGAGGAAGCCCACGGAUGCUAAAUUGGAUUAUUCUCACAUCACGGUUGAGCUUAGGACAGUUGAUGGGUUGUUGAAGGAUAGUACUCAAUGUGCUCCAAAUGGUUACUACUUCAUUCCCGUAUAUGACAAGGGUUCUUUUGUAAUUAAAAUCAAUGGGCCAGAUGGAUGGUCAUGGAACCCAGAAAAGGUUCCUGUUGUUGUUGAUCAUACCGGCUGCAAUGGUAGUGAAGAUAUUAAUUUUCGGUUUACAGGGUUCUCAAUUUCUGGUAGAGUCGUGGGAGCUGUUGGCGGAGGGAGCUGUUCUGUUAAAAAUGGAGGUCCUUCAAAUAUUGAAGUUGAACUUUUGUCUGAUACUGGUGAUGUUGUUUCUUCUGUUCUAACAUCAGCAGGGGGGAAUUACUUGUUCAAAAAUAUUACUCCAGGAAACUAUGAACUACGUGCUUCGCAUCCUGACUUGAAAGUUGAAAUUAGAGGUUCAACAGAGGUGAAAUUGGGGUUCGGAAAUGGCGUAGUUGACGACAUUUUCUAUGUCCCUGGGUACGAUAUUCGUGGAUUUGUUGUUUCUCAGGUAGACUGUCCCCAAGGUUCUGGUACUGCCUCUGGAAUGAGGAAGGCGCUCUGCCAUGCUGUAUCUGAUGCUCAUGGGAUGUUUGUGUUUAGAUCAAUACCUUGUGGAACAUACGAGCUCAUACCUUACUACAAGGGGGAAAACACAGUAUUUGAUGUUUCACCUCCUGUCAUGUCAGUAAUUGUGGAGCAUCAACAUGUGGCAGUUCCCCAAAAGUUCCAGGUCACUGGAUUUUCUGUUGGUGGCCGUGUUGUUGAUGGAAAUGAUGUAGGAGUUGAAGGUGUUAGAAUCAUAGUUGAUGGUCAUGAAAGGUCCAUCACUGACAAACAAGGGUAUUACAAGCUUGACCAGGUUACUUCCAAUCGCUAUGCAAUAGAAGCCACAAAAGAGCAUUACAAGUUCAGCAGUUUGAACGAUUAUUUGGUAUUACCGAACAUGGCUUCAGUUGUGGAUAUUAAAGCAGUUUCCUAUGAUGUCUGUGGUGUGGUUCAGAUGACUAGUUCUGGUUACAAGGCAAAGGUAGCUUUGACUCAUGGCCCUGAAAAUGUCAAACCUCAAGUGAAGCAGACUGAUGGAAGUGGAAGUUUCUGCUUUGAGGUUCCACCUGGUGAAUAUCGUUUAUCUGCUUUAGCAGCUUCGCCUGAGAGUGCUUCUGGUCUAAUGUUUUUGCCAUCUUAUAUCGAUGUUGUGGUCAAAAGUCCAUUAUUGGACGUGAAAUUUUCUCAGGCAUUGGUCAAUGUGCGUGGUACUGUAGCCUGCAAGGAGAAGUGUGGUGCUUCUGUUUCUGUUACCCUUGUUGGUUUAGCUGGUAAACGAAAUGAAGAGAGGACUGUUAGUUUGACUGAUAAGAGUAGUGAAUUUCUCUUUCAAAACGUCAUCCCUGGGAAAUACAGAUUUGAGGUCAAACACAAUUCAGAAGAACCUGCAGCUGUAGAAGAUAAUUGGUGCUGGGAGCAAAGUUUCAUUGAUGUGGAUGUUGGUCUUGACGACGUUAAAGGAAUUGAAUUUGUUCAAAAAGGUUACUGGGUCAAUGCCAUUUCCACCCAUGAUGUAGAUGCUUAUAUGACUCUACCAGAUGGUUCAUCCAUUAAUUUGAAAAUUAAGAAAGGUUCUCAGAAUAUUUGUGUAGAAUAUCCUGGAGUGCAUGAACUUCAUUUUGUCAACUCGUGUGUUUUCUUUGGGAGCUCAUCAAUUGAGAUUGAUACAUUAAACCCAUCGCCUAUUUAUCUGAAAGGACAAAAGUAUCUUCUUAAAGGACAAAUCAGUGUUGCAUCAAGCUCGUUUGAUGGUGUCAAUGAGCUACCUGAGAAUUUCAUUGUCGACAUUCUAAGUAGCGGGGGCAGUAUUAUAGAUGGGACCACAGCUAGACUUACUUCCAGUGAAAAUGACCAAAGUGCUGCUGUGUAUGAAUAUUCUGUAUGGGCCAAUCUCGGAGAAAAACUUACCUUCGUUCCUCAGGAUUCAAGAAAUAAUGAGAUGGGGAAGAUCUUGUUUUAUCCCAAACAACAUCAUGUCGUAGUUACAAAUGAUGGUUGUCAAGCUUCAAUCCCUCCAUUCUCUGGUCGAUUGGGUUUAUAUAUUAAAGGAUCAGUCUCUCCCCCCCUUUCUGGUGUUCAUAUUAAGAUUCUGGCUGCUGGAGAUAGCCGCAUUGCUCAACUUAAGGACGGUGAAUUAGUACUUGAAACUACUACGGGAAAGGAUGGUUCCUUUGUUGGGGGUCCUUUAUAUGAUGAAAUAACAUACAGUGUUGAGGCUUCCAAGCCUGGCUAUCAUUUAAAAAAAGUUGGCCCUCAUUCCUUUUCUUGUCAGAAGCUUGGCCAAAUUUCCGUAAAUAUAUAUUCUAAAGAUGAUGCUAAAGAGCCUAUUCCUUCAGUGUUAUUAUCUUUGAGUGGCGAUGAUGGCUACAGAAACAACUCAGUAUCUGGAGCUGGUGGAACCUUCCUCUUUAAUAACUUAUUUCCUGGGACUUUCUAUCUCCGUCCUCUGCUGAAGGAGUUUGCUUUUUCCCCUCCAGCACUGGCGAUAGAUCUUGGUUCUGGGGAGUCUACAGAUGCGGUUUUCCAGGCCACUCGAGUGGCUUACAGUGCCAUGGGUGUGGUCACUUUGUUGUCUGGCCAACCAAAAGAAGGUGUGUUAGUUGAAGCCAGAUCAGAAUCAAAGGGCUUUUAUGAGGAAACAGUGACUGAUUCAUCUGGAAGUUAUCGUUUGAGAGGACUCCUUCCUGACACAACCUAUGUAAUCAAAGUAGUAAAAAAAGAUGGUUUGGGUAGCGCUAAAAUUGAGCGUGCAUCACCAGAAUCUGUUACUGUCAAGGUUGGCUACGAGGAUAUCAAAGCAUUAGAUUUUCUGGUCUUUGAACAGCCAGACACGACUAUUUUAAGUUGCCACGUUGAAGGAAAGAGAAUAGAGGAACUGCAUUCACAUCUACUUGUGGAAAUCAAAUCAUCUAGUGAUGUUUCUCGGAUUGAGUCGGUCUUUCCUCUUCCUCUUUCCAACUUUUUCCAGGUGAAGGACUUACCUAAGGGUAAGCACCUUCUGCAGCUCCGGUCUAGUCUUCCGUCAAGCAGCCACAAGUUUGAAUCUGAGAUUAUCGAGGUCGAUUUAGAGAAGCAUACUCAGAUACAUGUUGGCCCACUUAGAUACACGUUUGAAGAGGAUCACCACAAACAGGAUUUGACUCCAGCACCAGUUUUCCCUCUUAUUGUUGGAGUCUUAGUGAUUGCUCUGUUUGUCAGUAUUCCGAGGUUGAAGGAUUUAUAUGAAGCCACGGUGGGAAUACCAACACCCGGAUUCACUACAACUGCAAAGAAGGAAGUGCGGAGGCCAAUUUUGAGAAGGAAGGCUUACUGA